CCAUCGCUGCUGCACCGCCCAUGCGACCGUGCCGCCUUCUAAGAAGCUCGGCAUCAGCCAACGUCCACGAGUUGAAGCGGAGAGCCCGGGGUGUUGAUUCUGGAUCCUUGCAAAUAUCAGACGACGAACAGGAUCAGCCUUGUUUAUCCUAUCAGCAUCCUCAUAGGUUUCUGGCCCAUCACCGGAAGGAGAGUCAGCAUCUGUGCUUUCGGAACAUUUUGUUAUUCUAGUUACCUGAAGCUCUUGAUCAACGGUCAGCGUCGGGCCAAUCUCAAGGGACAUUCACCAGAAUCCCCACACACAGUCUUUCCGACACUGUUAUUGCUCCUCUUCCCUCUCCACUCUGCGAUAUGCUUGUCGUUCGACGGUAGACAUCAUUGCGAGAUGGUACAGGGAAAAAGACCCCGAAGUGCAUCACAGCGGGCGCUGGACGAUCAGUCGAAUGCGAAACGUUCGAUGGUAGCAUGCAAUCGAUGCCGCAACAGGAAGACCCGCUGUGCCGGCAACCCUCCUCAUCCAUGUGCCGCAUGUGAAGAUGCCGGGCAGACGUGUGUGUAUUCAGAAGCAGAAAAGCGAGUGUCUAUUUCUGAAAGUUAUUUCCGUCAACUCCAGUCGCAGUCGCAGGCAACACCGCGACAAACCACAUCUCACCAACCCCAUUUUCAUCAACCCGAGGAGCAGUUCUCUUCGUCUACCAUUCCUAGUUUCGCUCAAUCUAGUCCCUUUCCUAAUGUCGAGAUACCCGGAGAACGGGAUGACUGGUGGUACAAGGGAACUGACAACCUGUUCCUGAACCGGUCUGGCGAGCACCACUUUGUCGGCGCAUCAUCAACUACCCAUCUUGCCAAACGGUUGAAUCCCACUUCAACCAAUCUCGCCUGGGAUGUGCGUCCUCUCUACGACGACCCUUCGUCGUUACGUCGAUCAGUCACUCGGGCUCUUCCUCAAAUGCCCCCGUACGAAUUUGCCAAGAGACUCUUUUGGGUACAAUACAACUAUAUUGGAACUAUCUUCUCUUUGAUCCAACCUGAAGAUUUCGAACGACGCUUGAAUAUGGUUUAUAACCCCUCUCCUGAUGUAUCUAAUCGCGAAUCAUCCCUCGUAUAUUGCCAAGUACUACUUGUCAUUGCAUUUGGACUUAUGUACUCGGUGAAUCAAUGGUCUGGCGAUGAAGGGCCACCUGGCUUCAAAUAUUUCAAGCACGCAUUGCGCUUCUUGCCUGACAUUCACGAAGAAGGCUCUAUCUUUUUCGUCGAGGUCCUGUGCUAUGUUGCCUAUUACAUGCAAAACCUCAAUAGAAGAGAUGCAGCCUUUCUUUACAUCGGUCUUGCACUCCGCAUGGCCAUUUCACUAGGCCUCCAUCAGGAGGUCUCUGACCCAGACAUUAGUGACAUUGACCGUGAUCGUCGACGUCGAGCUUGGUGGUCGGUCUACAGUUUGGAUCGGAUACUAUCAGUGAAAUCAGGGAAUCCGAUCACAAUUCAAGAUGAGGAUAUUGGAACUACAUGGCCGAUCCCAGAGGAUGCGGCAGCACAAAACGUCCCAUGGCCAUCUAUCGUGCUCACCCACUAUACCAAAUUGUCUCGGAUCUUAGGCAGGAUUGGCGAAGAAAUCUAUCGCAAGAAGCCUCACUCCGGAUCAAACCUCAUAGCCUCCGUCCAGAGUAUCACAAAUGCUCUUUCCGAUUGGCUGCGACAGGUUCCCGACCGGAUCCGAAUCGACUUUAGUACUCUUGAUUCGAACAUCAAUCGUGUCUCCGUUUCGAUUUUCUUGCAUUUCUACUCUUGCGUCAACAUGACUGCUAGACCCCUUGUCUUCUAUGUAAUUCAGCGACGGCUAGAUGCGGAGGCUCGAGGAUCUGCCACGGAGGAUUGGAAGGAGGGGUUAUCGCAGAAUACAGUGGCAGUCAUUGAUAGUUGUAUCACAGCAUCUCGAGCGACAACCUUUAUCAUGGAUGCCGCAGCAAAACACAAUUUAAUCGCAACAUACGGUUAUCUUGAUGGCGAAUAUGCCUUUUCUGCCGCACUCCUUCUGGUCAUGGUUAACGCGGCAUUUCCACACAACGAUAGCAACUUCCGGACAAUGGAGAUGGCAUUGAAUCUUCUUCGCGGAAUGGCAGAUCGUGGGAACACCUACCUUGCAUCUCGUCACGCAUUGCUAGUGGAGCUCCAAUCCGCUCUCCGCGCCAAACCGUCCAAGGGAGGAAAUCCUGUACCCGCAAGACCCGUUACACCUAGUAGCUCGCAGCAGCAUAGUCCUCCUGCGGAGGAGGUCGAUGAGAAUCCAGGCAUUAUACCAACUGAGUGGCCGUUAGAGCAGGAUCUUCCUUCUAUGCGGGAUAUAUCGUUUAAUUUUGAUAUCAAUGACGAUCCGGGAUUGUGGGAGGAGGUUCUCAAUCAAAUUGAUAUUGAUAUGGAUACGGAUUGGAUUGAGAAUACUCUAAGAAGAUGAUAUCGUAUUUAUAUCUCUAUUAAUUUGCUUCUUGUUCAUAUAACUUUGACAUAUACAUAGUGCUGAAAUUAGAAGUAUCAGGCCAUAUACAUAUCUCCCUGCAUCCAGAUCUUUUUGCG